AUGCUCCUUCUCCUGCUGCUGGUGCUCCUGGGCCUGGGAGAGGCCCAAAGACCACUUCACAGGGUACCCCUUAGGAGGCAGCUGUCCCCCUGGAAGAAGCCGUGGGCACUGCCUCAGUUGUCGAAGUUUUGGAAAUCCCAGAAUCUGGACAUGAAGCAAUUCACCAAGUCCUGCGUAAGGAACCAGAUCAGCAAGGAGCCCCUCACCAACUCCUUCAAUAUGCAGUACUAUGGCACCGUCUCCAUUGGCUCCCCACUGCAGAACUUCAGUGUCCUCUUCGACACUGGCUCCUCCGAUUUCUGGGUCACCUCUGUGUACUGCAUCAGCCCAGCCUGUGAGAAACACACCAAGUUCUUCUCUUCCCGGUCCAACACAUACAGCAAGAAGGGCAGUAAUUUCUUCAUUGAGUAUGGGUCCGGGAGCUUAUCCGGGAUCACAGGAGUCGACCGUGUCUCUGUGAGAGGACUGACUGUGGUUGACCAAGAGUUUGGAGAAAGUGUCACAGAGCCUGGCCAACACUUUGUCUACGCAGCGUUUGAUGGAAUUCUGGGCCUGGGAUACCCCUCCUUGUCUGUCACAGGAGCAACCCCGGUGUUUGACAACAUGAUAGUCCACAACAUGGUGGCUCAACCAAUGUUUUCUGUCUACAUGAGCAGUGACAUAGAAAAUGGCACAGGGAGCGAGCUGAUUUUUGGAGGCUAUGACUGUUCCCAUUUCUCUGGGAGCCUGAAUUGGAUCCCAGUCACCAAGCAAGGCUUCUGGCAGAUUGCACUGGAUGGAGUCCAGGUGGGAGACACUAUGAUGUUCUGCUCCAAGGGCUGCCAGGCCAUUGUGGACACUGGGACCUCCCGCAUCAUCGGCCCUUUGAACAAGAUAGAGCGGCUGCACAGAGCCAUUGGGGCCACACUUGUGAACGGAAUUUAUUUUGUGGAGUGUGUCAACCUCACUGUCAUGCCAAAUGUCACCUUCAUCAUCAGUGGAGUUCCCUACUUUUUUUUUUACACCCUCAGCCCAACUGCCUACGUCCUACAGGCCUUGGGAGAUGGCAUGAGGCUCUGCAGCAGUGGCUUUGAAGGCUUGCAUUUUCUAACUGAGCCCUCCUGGAUCCUGGGAGAUGUCUUCCUUCGACAAUUUUACUCCGUCUUUGACCGUGGGAAUAACCGUGUGGGGCUGGCCCCAGCAGUCCCCUAA